UCUUGCUUUCACUUUCAUGGCCUAGAGCAGAAGCUCCUCUUGAGGCCGUCCACCACUUAAACUCAUUCAAAAACCACUAGCAUAAAAGAAUAAAAUGACGAAGCAUUUACUGCUUUGUUAUAGAAGAAUGUUUAAGCUGAACAAGAAACGGAAAAUAAUUUGCAAAGUUUCAAUACUUCAAAAGUAUGUGAAGUCACUUUGGAACCAACUUGUUGGUUGCUGUAUAGGCAAAUCCAUUAAGUAUAGGCAAUUGUCACGACAACAUUCCUCUUCCUCUCCUACCACCACCACCACGCCGCCUUCGCCGUCCGGCGAGGCUGUCCCCGACGGUGGCUUUAAUAUGAAGUGCUGCUGUGAUCACUCUAAGGAAUCUUUGGAGGAUUUGGUUGCCCUAAAGAUAUGUCUAUUGGGUGAUAACCAAAUUGGCAAGACAAGUUUCCUGACAAAGUAUGUAGGAAAGGAAACAGGAGAAGAAAGUUUUUCAACAACAGGAUUAAAUCAAAUGGAUAAAAUUCUGUGUAUUAAAGGGGCAAGGAUCUCCUAUAGUAUCUGGGAAGUCCAAGGUGAUUUGUCUGCCUCUACACAAAUUCCAAUCGCUUGUAAAGACUCUGUAGCAAUGUUAUUCAUGUUUGAUCUUACAAGUCGGUGUACACUGAAGAGUGUUAUUAGCUGGUAUCAACAAGCACGACAAUGGAAUCAGACGGCAAUUCCAGUAAUGAUAGGGACAAAAUUUGAUGAUUUUGUACAAUUGCCAUUAGAUUUGCAAUGGACCAUCGCCAGUCAGGCAAGAGCAUAUGCAAAAGCACUGAAUGCAACACUAUUCUUCUCAAGUGCAACAUACAACAUAAAUGUCAACAAGAUCUUCAAGUUCAUCACAGCCAAGCUCUUCAACUUACCCUGGACGAUGGAACGUAACCUCACCAUUGGAGAACCAAUCAUUGACUUCUAGUUUUACUUCCAUUUUGUAGCAAACUGAUCAAUGACUGUAGAUACGAAAAAUCCACAAAACCCCAGGAAAAGGAAAUGGUUCUCAGCCAACCAGUCACUGGAUUUUGUUAGUAUUGCUACAACCAGUGAAAAUUCGGGUUGCCUUCGUAUGACAUCUUAUGCAAUGGAGAAAAAUUUUCCUUCUUAUUUCAUUCUUGUUGUAUAUAAUGACGUUCAAAUUGCAUGUUCUGCAAAUUUCUUAGAAUAUAGGGUUUACUACCUUCUAGUCAAGUUCAUUGAUCACAUUAUGAGCCAUACUUCUAUAACAUUACCAUCAAUGAAGUUCCAAUGGACAAAUUAGAGAUGCCAAACAUGUUAAGAAAAUAUCAUAUAAAAACAGUAGAACGAAAUCCUAUGAAGUUAGAAGUUAAAGGCAAAAAAUAAUCGAAUAUAUACAACCAGGAACAAGCAUACAUUAAAGUAAACGCAACAAAGAGAGAGACAGGAGUCCAGACACCGAGGAAUGAAAUCUCCACCGUAUCAGAAACUCACAGGAUAGAAGUUGCAACCGGAGCCCAUUCAGUAGUCGCCAACAAA